CACACGCACUUUUUAGAAGUCACGUCAGUUUGGAAGAGGAGUUCGACCCACCUGAUGAUCCUUGGCUCAAUCCGCUCCACAUUAAUCUACCUCUGACAUUAAACCCAUCUGCGUGCGUGCGUUUUAGAUUUAACAGCUAUCGCUUUUUGUAACUUCGAGUGUAUAUUUUAAAGGAGCGUAGCCUAUUAAAAUAGCGAUACUGUCAUUAUCAAGCCUAAAUUGCACUAUCUUCCUCGCUUUUUAUUUAUUUAUUUUUGUUUUGCACUUGAGAGCAUUUUUUGUGAGGAUGCAUACCACGCAAAAGGACACCACUUACACCAAGAUAUUUGUCGGUGGUCUUCCGUAUCAUACGACGGAUUCCAGUCUAAGGAAAUAUUUUGAAGUGUUUGGCGAAAUUGAAGAGGCUGUGGUGAUUACCGACAGACAGACUGGAAAGUCCAGGGGUUAUGGAUUUGUGACUAUGGGAGACCGCUCCGCUGCAGACAGAGCCUGUAAGGACCCAAACCCCAUCAUUGACGGCAGAAAGGCCAACGUUAACCUGGCUUAUCUCGGAGCCAAGCCACGGGUCAUGCAGCCAGGUUUCACCUUCGGUGUCCCUCAGAUUCACCCAGCUUUCAUCCAAAGACCAUAUGGGAUCCCAACUCACUAUGUGUACCCGCAGGCCUUCAUGCAACCCAGCAUGGUCAUCCCUCACCUCCAGCCAGCGACGGCUUCCGCUACAGCGUCUUCGCCGUACAUCGACUACACGGGCGCCGCGUACGCUCAGUACGCUAGCGCUGCGACAGCGGCAGCCGCCGCGGCGUACGAGCAAUAUCCGUACGCGGCUUCUCCCGCCGCAGCCGGUUACGUAGCUGCCGCCGGCUACGGCUACGCCAUGCAACAACCAUUAGCAACCGCGGCUCCGGGAACCGCGGCCGCCGCCGCCGCUUUCGGUCAAUACCAGCCUCAACAACUACAAGCCGAACGAAUGCAAUAGCAACCAAAGCGGCGGACGGGAGACGACGCCCAGCGAAUGCUACUAGAUGAUGGUGACAAAGAUAGUUGCUGGUUGUGGGUUGAUUGCAAGAGGAGGAAGACGAGGGAGGGGGAUAGGAAUUGGUAGAGAGAUUGUUAUUAUUAUUAUUAUUAGUGAGAUGGGAACUACAUUGCUUUCCAACUUGCUGUGAUUUAAAGAAAAGAAAACAUCAAAACCAAAAAAAAAAAAAUCGCAGGAAAGGACGGAAUCUAGCUUUUUACUCAUUAUUAUGUUAUCUUUAUUACUAUGAUUAAUAUUAGAGUAGGAUAUUUAUUGCGGACGGAGCGACUAAUCACUGUGGUAGACGAAAACCUUGAGUCCCGAUGCUGUCAUUUAAUGUAGGCGACUGUUUUUCCGAAGGAUACUCGGAAGUGUCCCUCAUUGUUUUGAUUCUAGGGCCCCUUACCUUUAUAUUUAUUCUCAUUUAUUUGAGGGCUCGUUUUGUUCUGUCGUCUUCUCAAGUGCAUUUUUUUUUUUUUUGAUCAUCAGGGAAAUGGAGCAUUUUUUUCAGCGAAUUCGAAACGAGAAACUCUGCCAAUCAGGGAUAGUAGACCUAACUGUGGCGACGGAAAUGGAGAAAGAUCCAGUGUUAGCAUGUUUUAUGUUUUGUGAACUACCUUUUUAUCUAUCUGAUGCUGAAUGUCCCCACUUUCUCUGACUCCUGCGUUGACCUCCUGACCUAUGCAAAGCAAACGGGGGAAAAAACAAAACAAAGUGCAGGAAUAGGAGAGAUUUUCUUUUGCUCCCCCACAAUGGGCAUCGAACAAUUUGAAGGUACUCUCAAAAAAAGACAAAAAGACUGAGAUGUAUUGUAUUAUAUGCUUACAAAACACACACACACACACGGACUAACAUGUACACCGUUAUACACAAAUUUAAGUGUUAAUGUCUGUCUGUGGGCGUACAUAAACACACACACACACUAAGAUGACUAUGUAGGGAAAAAUAACGUGGCAUUGCUCAGUAUUAGUACUAGAAUCAGGGAGCAACUGCUGUGUUGGAAGGAACAGGCACUGACACACACACACACACACACACACAGCUCUGGAUUGCUCUGGUUCGUUGAGCUGUUGCCGUUUUAUCCCUGGAACCGGUCCUGCUCCGGGUCUGUCAACAUUUCCCACUUCUUCUUAUCCUAAAGAGGACUGGGACAGACCUGUGGAUCUUCCCAAAAUCAGCACCGGAUCUUUAUCUGAAGUCGUGAGAAGAGAGGAACGUCACCGCAAGCUAUCCGCUAUGCGCUAUCGGUCUGGUCUUUAUAUGUUCACUGAGCACCAGCACACUUACUAAGGUCUACGUAUUUCAAUGAGCAACUCUUUACAGAACAGCACUAUAGCGAAAGGAUCCGAGGGUUCUUUGUGUGCCUUACAUUUGUAAUGCUAUUUAAAGAGAUCUGCUAUUUAAGAUAUUUAUUUUGAGUUGACGCUCUGAGAUCAGACUUGGAAGCGGUACUGUAUGGAUAUAAUGUAUUCAUCUCAUGGCAUAUUAUUAUUAUUAUUAUUAUAAGUUAUUGAGUAGGCUUAGUUGUAGUAUUAUUAACAUACUCAACCAAAAGUGUUGUUGUAGGACUUAUUUAAAAUGCAAUUCUGUAUGUGCACUGUACAAAUCUUUUUUUUUUUCAUUACAUUUGGAAUUUUAGAACAUGACAUUAAAUAUCAGCUAGUUUAAUGCCUGGCGUAUGACAUUUUGUCUUAUUGCAGGCCUGUUGUUUUUGGGGGGCAUGUUAUAUCCAUUUGUCAGAUCCAGAACUGUUUAAAAGGACAAAAAAAAAAAGAGCGAAGGGACAUGCUGCUUCAUACACUAGAAUGUAUUGUCAAUGUCAAGAAUGGAUGCUGUGCUUCUAUUGCUUUAAAUAUGCAUCAGAUGGGCUAUUUUACACUGUUGAGAAUUUUUAUACUUGAACUAUUUCUUACAAGGGAAAAUAUGAGGAGAAGAAGAAGAAGAAGAAAAAAAUAACAACACGAAAAAGGACACAUUUUUCUUUGUCACUGGAUUUGGGCAUGUAAAGUGUUAUUGACUAUUUAAAUACAAACGUUCUGUAGGUAUUUAAGCCUUAUUUCAGAUUUUCAACACUAUUUACUCUAAAUGGAAAUAAAAAGGUUCUAUAUUUAAA